AGACCCGUCGGGUAUAUCAGUGGAGGGGUCGUGGAUGGUGGGGGGUCGGGUAUAUCAGUGGAAGGCGUCCGUUCUCCCUAGCCACAGUGUCUCCUGCCGCAGCCAUGACCGGAGCGCUCACCAGGACCUUCCUGCUGGGGGUCGCCGCCCUCCUCCACACAGGCUGGGCCUAUGAGUGCGAGUACGUGACGAUUGGGGACGCGUGGGAGUACAACUAUGGAGCCGUGUUCUCGGCCCCGGCCCCGGCCGACUUCUCAGGGCUCGUCCUCGACCUGUACUUCAACCGACCUGUCGAUUCCAUUGACUUUUACGACGGAACGACGGAGAAGGUGGACGACCACCACUUCAUCCUGAGGGAGGACAGCCUCUCGGGCUCAGCCGGCGACGUCAUUGAGUUCAAGAUGCAGGUUCACUUCCCCGGAGCCCAGGCGGUGGUGACAGCCGCCACGCUCAACGGUGUUCCCCUGUGCGAGGGCGGUUAUACCACGGUGACGCCCUUCCAGAACCCGUGUGACCCCACCGGCAUGAGCCCCUAUGACUACGCCCAGGUACUGUGCAUGGGUAUCCUCUUCUACGAGGCUGAGAGGUCUGGACAUCUGCCUGCCGAUCAGAGGGUCACCUGGAGGUACGACUCCGCGCUUGACGAUGGCUCCGACGUGGGCCAUGACCUCACUGGCGGAUACUAUGACGCCGGGGACCACGUCAAGUUUGGCUUCCCCAUGGCCUUCAGCGCCACCAUGAUCGCUUGGGGACUCCUCGACUUCGCUGACGGAUACGAGGCUGCAGGCCAGACAGAAUACGGUCGAGACGCCCUCAAGUGGGCCACGGACUACUUCCUCAAGGCCUACACCGCCCACUGGGAGUUCUACGGUCAGGUUGGUAACGGUGGUAUCGAUCACGCGUACUGGGGUCGCCCGGAGGACAUGACUAUGGAGCGUCCCUCCUAUAAGAUCGACGAGCAAGCGCCCGGGAGUGAAUUGGCGGGAGAGACAGCCGCCGCCCUCGCCGCCGCCUCCAUCGUCUUCAAGGACGUCGACCCUGCCUACUCCGCCCAGGUGCUGGCUGUGGCAAGCGAACUAUACGAGUUCGCAGACGCCAAGCGCGAGCACUACCACAUCUCCAUUCCUGACGCCGCUGGCUACUACCAGUCGUGGAGUGGGUACUACGACGAGCUACUGUGGGCUGCUCUCUGGCUCAACCGUGCCACAGGGGACUCUACCUACCUGGACAGAGCCCGGGGCCACUAUGCUGAGAUCCCCGUCACCCCCAACAACAAGCUGCAACAGUUCUCCUGGGACGACAAGAGGGCCGGAGCCUUCAGUCUGGGGACGCUGCUGGACCCGGACUUCACGUCCUACGCGACAGACAUCCAGGCCUACAUCGAGUACCUGAAGAACGAGGCGACCUACACCCCUAAGGGCCUCGUCUACCUCGACACUUGGGGACCCAAUCGCCACGCCGCCAACGUCGCCUUCCUCUUCUUUUGGAACGCCAACCAGGGACUAGACCCCGAGGAGAACCGCCAGUGGGCCACCAAACAGAUCGAUUACAUCUUGGGAGACACCGGACGCUCCUUCGUCGUCGGCUUCGGCGUGGACCCUCCCAGGAGGCCCCAUCACCGCUCCAGCUCGUGCCCCUCACUACCGGGAGCUUGCGAUGACGGCUGGGCAGACAAGCAGCCCGGACCCAACCCGCAGACUCUCUACGGCGCUCUGGUCGGCGGACCUGGCCAGGACGAUUCCUACACGGACGACCGUAUGGACUACGUCCACAACGAGGUCGCAUGCGACUACAACGCCGCCUUCGUUGGAGCUCUGGCGGCCUUGGUCGAGCUCCACUGAGCCCACCUGAAGGAGGGAACGAAGACGAGAGUUCGAAGUCUGAAAAAUUGGUCCCUCAAGUUCUUCUGAAAUUGUCCCCAAAGGGUCCUCUCACGUUAUCUCCUGAUGACCCAAGAACUUAGAGACAUUCCUUACGAAGAUUUAGAUUAUUAAAUGGACUACAUCCACUGCAA